AUGAUUCAGGGCGAUAAGAAUCCCAAAACAUUGGGAUUGCUUUGGAAAUCGACCACUGACGAUCUUCGAUAUUCAGUGAAUUUUCCCAAGCCAUCAAAUGUGACAAAAAGGACAAUUCUGUCACUGGUCUCACAAAUUUUCGACCCCCUUGGCAUUGUGGGUCCUGCCAUUGUACGAGCAAGGAUUUUCCUCCAAGAACUUUGGAAAGUCAAGUUAGAUUGGGAUGAAAAUUUGCCUCAAAAAAUGCAUGCAGAAUGGAUAGAGUUUCGAGACGAACUGGAUAAUCUCAACCAAAUCAGUGUUCCACGACUCAUUCUGUGUAACAACCCAGUUAAAAUAGAAUUGCACGGGUUUUGUGAUGCUUCUGAAAAAGCUUACGGAGCAUCUAUCUAUGUACGUUCGAUGGAUGAUCAAGGAAAUGUCAUAGUCAAUCUUUUGUGUGCUAAAUCGAGAGUGGCUCCAUUAAAACAUAUUUCUUUGGCUCGUCUAGAACUUUGUGGAGCUCUAUUACUGGCUGAAUAUUUUCACAAGGUUAAUACGUCACUGGAUAUGAAAUUCGAUCAUUCAUUUUUCUGGUGUGAUUCGACGAUCACACUCGCAUGGAUUAAGGGUCUCUCUUGCAAGUGGGAAACUUAUGUUGCCAACAGAUCUACAAAAAUUCAAGAAUUGACGAAAGAAGGAAUUUGGAAUCACGUUUCAUCCUCAGAUAAUCCAGCAGACAUCAUCUCAAGAGGAAUCAAUCCAGCUGGAUUAUUGACAUCAGACCUCUGGUGGCAUGGACCAGCAUGGCUAUAG